AAGCAAAGGCCGCAGCUGCAGCUCGCAUUUUAAAAGCGACUGUCUUUCCCCCCUCUCCCUCUCCCUCUCUCUCUCUCUCUCUCUCGGCGGUAGAUCUGGUAGCUCAACUCACCGUGAAUGCUUUUUCAUCCUUUUCCUGCUGAUCGCAGAGAACUAAAGCAGGAGGAAGGAACCAGUGCACCUGUAUCUCGCCAUGCCGUGGCUUCGCCCCUUCUUCCUCUUCGUCUUCUUCCUCUGCGUCCUUUGCUCCACAGCGAAAGGUGGGAGCUUUGCGAGGUUGGGCGUCGACUAUGGCACCCUCGGCGACGACCUCCCUUCCCAUGUCCGCUCCGUGGAGCUGAUCCGGUCCAUCGGCGCCGGAGCCGUCAAGAUCUACGACGCUAACCCGGCCAUCCUCCGCGCUCUCGCCGGCACUCGACUCCGCGUGUCCAUCAUGGUGCCAAACGACCUCAUCCCGUCCAUCGGCACCAACGCGUCCAUGGCCGACGCCUGGGUAGCCACAUACGUCGCCCCCUUCGCCGGCGCCGUCCGCAUCCGCUACCUCCUCGUCGGCAACGAGAUCCUCUCCUACCGGGACAUAGCCAACUCCACCUGGCCCUUCCUCGUCCCCGCCAUCGUCAACGUCCGCCGUGCCCUCGUGGCGCGAUCCCUCCGCGACGUCAAGGUCGGCACCACUCUCGCGAUGGACGCCCUCUCUGUUUCCUACCCGCCCUCUGCCGGCAAGUUCCGCGCCGACAUUGCCGAUUCCGUGAUGCGCCCUAUGUUACAGUUCCUCCGCAAGACGCGCUCCUUCUACUUCGUCGACGCCUACCCUUACUUUGCCUGGGCGGGAGAACCUACCGCCAUCAACCUCGAUUAUGCCCUCUUCGCCGCCAAUUCCAGCUUAAAUUACUUCGACCCGGGGAGCAAAUUGACCUAUACCAACCUGCUCGACCAAAUGCUCGACGCCGUGGCGGCGGCGAUGAGUCGGCUAGGGUUCCGCGACGUCCGCAUCGCGAUCGCGGAGACGGGGUGGCCGAACGGCGGCGACCUGGACCAGAUCGGGGCCAACAUCCACAACGCAGCGAUCUACAACCGCAACCUCGCACGGAGGCUGGCCGCGCGGCCGGCGGUGGGGACGCCGGCUCGGCCGGGUGAAGCGAUGCCGGUGUUCAUAUUCUCCCUUUACAACGAGAACCAGAAGCCGGGGCCGGGAACCGAGCGCCACUGGGGACUUCUCUACCCUAACGGGAAGAGGAUUUACCCGAUUGAUCUCAGCGGGCGGCGGCCGGUGGAGUCGUACCCGCCACUACCGCCGGCGGAGAACAACGAGCCCUACAAAGGGAAGCUCUGGUGCGUGCUCGACUGCGGGAGGCGGCGGGCGGCGAACGCGACGGCUGUGGGGGAAGCGGUGGCGUACGCGUGCGGACAGGGGAACGGCACGUGCGACGCGAUCCGCCACGGCGGCGCGUGCUACUACCCGAACACGCUGGCGGCGCACGCCAACUACGCCUUCAACGCCUACUGGCAGCAGUUCCGGCGGGGCGGCGGCACGUGCUUCUUCGACGGGCUCGCCGUGCAGACCAAGAAGGACCCGAGUUAUGGAUCUUGCAAGUAUCCAAGCUCCAGUAAUUGAGGAGAGGAAAUUGAAUGAUUAUCAUCAGAUGCAUCGAAGCAUUUCUUCUAGUUUUUUUUUUUUUUUUUUUUUUCUGAUUUAGUCUGCAUUUUAAAUGUUGUAAUACUUGAUCAUGAUCCAUUCUUCGAGUGGUGUUCUUUCUAUGGUUCUUUAGUUAUGCUUUAGUUAUUGUCUCAUCUGGAAUCGAAAAAGAACAAAUUUAGAGUUGAUUAAA